AUUUUUGCCGUCCUCUUUCUUUUCGAUUUUUCCAUCGUAUACGCCAACAUGGGUUUCGCUACUCUCUGGUACUCGCAUCCUCGUAAAUACGGCCAAGGCUCCCGUUGCUGCCGUGCCUGCUCAAACCGACAUGGUCUGAUCCGCAAAUACGGCCUGAACAUUUGUCGUCAAUGCUUCAGGGAGUACGCCAAUGACAUUGGCUUCAAGAAGCUGGAUUAAAUAUCCGCUUCAUUCUUUGGCGUUUAAUGCGUCAAUAUUUAAGCAUAUUAAUUUUAGUAGUCGCUUUCGAGGGACUACAUCUAUUAAUAUGCUGGCAACAACAGCAACAAAGCAACAACACAGUAAUCAUCUGGAGAUUUAAAUGAAACCGAAGGCAUCUGAACUUAAGGACGCACAGGGACAACAACAUGAAUAGAGAAUCAUCUCAAAUCAGCAUUCACCAAUGCAACAGGGUUUACAAACUAAGUGCUACAAACGCCGAAUUCAAUUCCAUAAGUCCCUAACCAAGCAGUUGUUACCUUCUGAGAAGGUUCUUUGUUUAAAUCUCCUUUUGAUUAAAUAUAUAACAAGUCACGUAAAA